GGUGUUGAUUGAAAUCUCUUUGGGUUGCUUGCUUUUGCUUCACAUUUGUGGGGUUUGCGGUGAUGGACAGUGAAGUGAAUGGUCAGUGAUUGCGAAGAUCCAUUUUAGAUCUCUGUAGUUUUGAGAGUGUGGAUAGAUUGGUUUGUGCUCAAUUGAUUGCUCGUAUACAGCAGCAGGAGAGGAGGCAGUUCGCUCAGCAGCAGCUAGGAAUCGCGAUGAUGGUGGAGUACUCACAGUCAUGGACUGCCCUUGCUGUUGUGGAGCUCAGCGUUGUGGCUAUCACUGCAGUUUUCGUUCCUUUGUGGAACGUUUGCAGCACCUUUCUUUUGGAACCGCUCAGGCUGAGACGCGUCAUGGGUAAGCAGGAUGUGCGAUUAGCCCCCUUCAAUUUGGUUUUCGGAAACGCUUUCGAAAUCGGAGCGCACGCACAAAGUUUUCCGGAAACUUUGCCUCUCAAGUUUGACGAUCUGGAGCCAACUGCCACGCCUCAAUUUGACUUGUACUUCUCCAAAUACGGCAAACGCUUCCUCUACCAUGUCGGAUCGGAGACGCGGUUGGUGGUUCGUGACCCAGAGAUGGCGAAAGAAGUAUUGUUCAACAGGAUGGGGUGGUAUGAAAGGUCUCCGCUGGACCUUCACAUUUUCAGCCAAGUCAUUGGAAAGGGGAUGUUUGUGGUGAAGGGAGAGGAAUGGGAGAUGCAACGACGUAUGCUCAACCCCUGCUUUUCCAAUGAAUCGCUCAAGCCCAUGGUGGAACGCAUGGUAAAAAGUGCAGCGCAAGAAAUGCGGAACUGGGAGGAAAUGGCAGCACAAGCUGGAGGAAGAGUGGAACAUGAUGUGGAGCACGAUAUUCACAUAAUUGCGUACAAUAUCAUAUCAUAUACAGCUUUUAACGAGGGCUUUGAUAAGGGGAAACAAAUCUACCUGAUGCAAGACGAAAUCAUGGGGCAUCUCUUUGCAGCCAUUGGCAAUCCUUCUUUCUGGAUCCCAGGCUUAAGGCUUUUACCAACAAAACACGCGACAGCGAUUGCUCAACUCAACGGCAGAACCGAAAAACUAAUCAUGGAGUUGGUCAAGGAUCGGAGGGAGGCAGUACAGAAAGGAGAAAGAGACUCUUACGGCGACGAUCUUCUUGGUCGUAUGCUGACAGCAACUGAGAGAACUGAUGGAAGCUCCCACAAAUUUAUCCUCGACGCUGUUAUAAACAACUGCAAGAAUUUCUUCUUCGCUGGCAGUGACUCAGCAGCAAAUUUAACCACGUUCUCGUUGUUGAUGCUAGCAAAUUAUCCAGAAUGGCAGGACCGCGCCCGAAAAGAAGUACUGGAGGUGUUCGGUGACAACGACCCUUGUGAGAUGAACGACAUUUCUCGGCUCAAAAUUGUUGGGAUGAUAUCUCAAGAGAUAGCGCGAAUUUUUGCAGUGUCACCGUCAAUAGCUAGAUUAGCCGUUAAGGAUUGCCAGUUAGGCGACCUGUUCAUUCCCAAGGGUUUAGUCAUCGAAAUCGCGACUUUGGCAAUGCACCGUGACCCAGAGCUUUGGGGGAAAGAUGUAGCCGAGUUCAGACCUGAGAGAUUUGCUAAUGGAGCAUCGGCAGCUUGCACUCAUCAUCAAGCAUUCCUCCCCUUCGGCGCUGGACCCCGAAGCUGCAUUGCUGAAAAAAUGGCAUGGCUGGAGGUGAAGGUUGUGCUUUGCAUGAUACUUCGACGUUUCCUAAUCCUACCAUCUCCGAAAUACAAACAUCAUCCUCAUUUUGCCAUGGUGAACAGGCCCAAGUACGGAUUGCCACUUAUUUUAGAGAUCCUGCCGCAAAGCCGGUCUGAUUCCAUAAUGGCAGAGAUCUAGUUCUGAAACCACACUAGAGCACAGCAAUUCAUACUGCUCCAGGUUUCUUACUAAAACAUCCUUUAAGCUUAAUUGUCAAGACAGUUCUUUUAAAAGAUUCCUUAAAACAUAUCAUGUAGCAUA